CCGAUAUUAUGACACGCGGGGUGUCAGGGACCCCGGAGCACCGGUGACCCCUCGAAAACAAAAGCAUGUCCAGUCUGUAGUCACUGGGGAGUGGGCAGGUAAUCGUUCGGAAUGAAAUGGCAGAGCAAGUGUAUUGUGUGUAUUAAGUAAUAGCUUUAUGUUCAAAAAUGAACAUUUCCUCUAUUAAAACAUCAUUCUAUUGAUACAUAUCAGUCAACAAUAUCGUACAGUAGUCGAAAUAUUUUUUAAUUACUUUAAAAAAUGAAGGGUAUUUUAAUCUUCGAUCAUUUAAAUGAUGUACUUUUUACGAAAUGUAAUAAGAAAUUUGCGAAUCACAUACAAAAACUAGCUAAAAUUCAAGGACUUAUUUCGGAAAACAAGGAUGCAAGUGAUGGAAACUCAAAGCUCAAUCCAAACAUUAUAAUGCAAUUAUUCUCACCUAUUGUUACAUCCCAACAUGUAAUGGCUUCUCAGUUUGGAAAUUCUUAUACUUCAAUGAAGUGUCAUGACGGCAUAAACAUGGUAUUUGAUGAAUUUAUGGGAUAUAGUUUUAUUUAUAUAUCCAUGGAAGAAGUUGAAUUAAUGAAAAGAACACUAGGUGUAUGUGUAGCUAUUGUAAGGCAUGUUUGUGGACCAGAUGUUGCAAUAUUGAAGGUAAAUAGACAGAAAGUCUGUUUAGUUUCUUCUUUAUUAGAUGCAUGGGUACAUUUAAGAAAUUGCGAGCAAAGUAUGCUUACAGAAGCCAUAGAACAACUAACAAUAAACACUGAUCUAGGUGUAGCAAUAUUAAAAGUAUUACAUGAUGCUUCUGAUAAAUUAAAGGCACAAUCUGAGUUUUCAAAUGUACAUAUUUUAAUAUUGGUGGAACAAAAGUUUCUUUGUUUAUACUCCAGUAAAAAUGCUCGUGAUUUGUAUGCUGCCGAUAUAUUGCUAAUGAUGCUCAUGUGUUGGGUAGUUAAUCAGAAAAGAAAAGGAAAUACACAGAUGGAGAGAAAUGAUAAUGAUGACUGCACUGAUAUACUUUUACCUGACAACAGUUCAACCAAGGAUGAACAAGUACCUUUUGGAGCAAAACUUGCAAAUCCUACAUCAGAAGACAUUACAGACUUAUUCAGGGGAUCAAGAGACUCUUCCAUCAAUGAAGGUCUAUAUUCCUUAAUGGAUGAUGAUUUAUACAGCCAUUUAAUUCUUCUUGGAUCUGAACAUGAUUCCACUGCCAAUGCAGUUCACAUUUUUGAAUUAGCAGAUGGCAUUAAUCUUGUCAUGAUAAUAGAAAUGACCAAUCUUGCCACAUCAUCUGGAUUAUACGAUAGUUUUCAUUAUUUAAAUGUCAUAAAUGGUUUGCAACUUCAAAGGGAUCUCGACGAAUUGAGACCAGCAUUUGAGAAUUUUGAUUUAGCGAUGAAGAAAGCUUUAGAUGGAAUUAAGAAAAACAGAGCUAAUAUCAGUAACGAUGUCGACAUGUGUCAGAGAAGACUGCAAUCGAAAUGGGAAUUCGUUCGAAAAAAAUAUAUGGAUCUUUUAAAAUCCAGAGACCCAGAGUCUAUUCUUCAAAUUGAAUCCAAUACGUCUGGAUUCACGGAUAAUUUAAAAGAAUUAUAUCGAUUAACAUGUUUUGAUAAGAGCUUUUUGAAACAAGGCGUUGACGUCCUCACAACAGUAGGAAAGCUCGUCCGUCAAAAGUUAAACGAUUUCAGCGAUUUCCUUAAAGUGAAAGCAUUGAAGAAUUUUACUCUUGGAUCGAGAACUUCCCUAACUAUCAACAAAUAUCUAGAAGAAUUUCCGGGCCUUGUGCACUUUAUUUACAUAGAUAGAACUACCCACAGAUUGACUGCUCCAACUUUAGACUUCACAAAUCCUGAAACUCUUGCACUUACAACAAAGAAGAUAUGGAACAUGGUUAAACAAAGUAGAAUGCAUUUAGAAGAAGGACAUUUAUCAGUCAUGUGGAAAGAUACAACGUUCAAUUAUGCUUACUUUCUAUGGUUCGAGGAUAGUUCUGGAUCACCAUUAAAAUGUAAGGUUUAUUUAAAUCACAUAAUGAAAAACUUUCCAGUACCAGGUAUAUUUUGCGGUGAUUAUUAUAGGUUCGUAUUGUUAACAUAUAAUAUUUGGUUUUUUCUGUUGCAAGUGUUAACGUACUUUGGUUAUUUUUGUAGAAAAUUAGCCGAGAUAUGUUUUCCCAAAUUGUCGGCGAAUAAAAUCAGGAUAUACGAGCUUUAUUGUGUUCAUCUUGGAUUGGCAACAUCAUCGUGUAUUUUGGAACAUUCAAGAAGACUUGCGGCCACGAUAUGGGAGGUCACAGGAGUUCCAAAUGACCCUGCUGACAUACUUUAAGAACAUUCCUUUUAAGUAUUUAUGUACAGAUAAAAAUCGAAGUUCUGUGCUAAUCGAAAUAUUUAACAUUAGUUAUAAAAAAAAAAAAAAAA